AUGGAUGAUUCCUGUUCCAAUGAAUCACUGAUUCAUGUGUUUCUGGUCUCCUUUCCAGGUCAAGGACAUGUAAACCCUUUGCUCAGGCUUGGCAAGCGCCUGGCUUCCAAGGGCAUGUUCGUCACUUUCUGCGCCCCGGAGUGCAUCGGCAGAGACAUGAGAAGAGUCAACGACAAUAUCUCCGACCGGCCCACUCCCUACGGCGCCGGGUCGAUCCGGUUCGAGUUUUUCGACGGUUGGGAGUACGGUCAGACCGGAGCGGAAAACCGGCUGGAAUUGGAGCUGCAGACCCUGGAAUUGGUCGGCCGGAGAGAACUGCCGUCGAUCUUGCAAAAACAGGCACGCCCGGUGUCGUGUUUGAUUAACAAUUCUUUCAUUCCGUGGGUUUGCGACGUGGCGGAGAGCCUUGGGAUUCCUAACGCCGUUCUGUGGGUCCAGUCCUGCGCUAGCUUUUCGGCGUAUUAUCAUUUUAACUUCGACCUGGUUCCGUUUCCGACCGACGGGUCGCCGGAGAUGGAGGUGGAGAUUCCGGGGAUGCCGGUUCUGAAGCACGACGAAGUGCCCGGAUUUUUGCACCCGAGAGGGGCUAGGUUUCACGCUCUGAGAACCACGAUUUUGAAUCAGUUCAAGAAAAUGUCCGUGCCGUUUUGCUUCCUGGUCGACUCGUUCGAGGAGCUCGAGGCGGACAUUAUUGGACACAUGUCGGGGAUUUGCACUGUCAAGACUGUCGGCCCGCUUCUGUUCAAAGACCCGGAAGUGGAAGAAAGUAACGAAGUUCGGGCCGAUCUGGUGAGCUCGGAUAAAAACUCCAUCAUUGAGUGGCUGGACUCGAAACCGGUAUCCUCGGUGGUGUACAUUUCCUCCGGGAGCAUUGCGCUGCCGAGUCAAGAACAAGUAAACGAGAUCGCACAAGCCCUAAUAAAAGCCCGGGUUUGCUUCUUGUGGAUCAUGAAGUCUCAAGCCAAGUACUACGAGCCCGUCGUGCUGCCCAUGGGGUUUCUGGAGAAAGUUGGAGACCACGGGAAAGUAGUAGAGUGGUGCCCACAGGAACGGGUGUUGGCCCACCCUUCGAUUGCCUGUUUCGUGACACACUGUGGGUGGAAUUCGACUAUAGAAGCAAUUGCUUAUGGAGUGCCUGUCUUGACUUUCCCUUAUUUUGGGGAUCAGGUUCUUAAUGCCAAGUUUUUAGUGGACGAGUUCAAGAUGGGAUUAAGGUUGUCUAGGGGUGUGUUUGAGAAUCGGACUAUUAGUUGCGAUGAAAUUGAACAGUGUUUGACGCAAGUCAUGAGCAGUCCCAAUAUGGGGGAGAUCAAAGAGAAUGCGUUGAAGUGGAAGAAGAAGGCGGAGGAGGCGGUGGCAGAUGGCGGCUCCUCCGACCGCAACAUAGAACAGUUUGUGAAUGAGAUUAUGCGAAGAAGCCGAAACGAAAAAUAUGUUAAAUAA